UGCUACUGUGUAACAAUCGGAACGGGCUGACCGCUCGCAGAUUAAAGCGCUGGAAUGUUACAUUGUAUCAUUGGCGUCGGAAAAGCGCUUUGAAUGUUAUACGAGGAAUGGAACGACUCGUCUGUUUGUUAUGUUUUUAUUCUAGAUAGAAAAUUCUGCAUGAGUACAAAGGCAGUCAAGCUCCGUGCGACAAGAUUGUGGCAUUGUCAUCCAAAAAUAUGCGAGAAUACGUGGAUUUGACGGGAUUUAUCUGUUUUGGAAGUUUGUAAUAGUGACCUUAUGACCCACGCUCAUGGGAUGACAUCUAUCUCUAAUCCAUCACUGGAAAUACUGGUUUAAUAAUCUACCUAACCUCUCUAAAUGUUGGUGAUUGUAAAUUAUCCAAGCUGGAUUUCUUCUAAAGUAGUUUCUGAUUUUUUUCAUGGACAUUAGGGUUCAGAUCUCAUCUGUUAGUGUUCAGAUGCUUGUCUAAUAUGAAACCGGAGUCAUACUGGAAAGGAGAGAGGUAGGUAGAUCCAUAAAAAAGGUGUUUAGGUGAAGUCGUCCACAUGCACUGGAUUUGGGAUUGGAAUCACAAGGUGGACGUUGCGAGCAUCAGAUCCUUGCAGGUUGGUGGAGGAUGCUGCCCAGCUGGAGCUGAGAAGAUCUUUGGAUUCAAACAUCUCCAUCUGGAUCGAAGGACACAUGCAGGCCAAAAAACGCUAUUUAAUUCUCUUGUCGGCUGGUUUAUGUCUCAGUCUGCUCUUCUACCUGCAUGGACCAGCUUCCAGAAGGAGCCCAAACCGACGGGAUGACCCGCAUCCACACUGGCCCGACUUCUCAGACCCUUUACGAGCCUUCAUACCCUGGGAUCAGACCUCAACCGAGGACUAUAAUGUUCGGACAUCUCCAAGACACAAGAGAGAAGAUAACCCUGGAGUUAUCAAGUGUGAUAUGGACUCCUGCUUUGAUUUUGCCUUAUGUAAGAUGAAUGGCUUCAAAGUUUACGUCUACCCUCAACAAAAGGGUGAGAAGAUCUCAGAAAGCUACCAGAACAUAAUAUCCUCCAUCGAGAGCUCCAGGUUCUACACUUCUGACCCAGGACAGGCUUGUCUCUUUGUUCUGAACUUGGACACCCUGGAUCGUGACCAGCUGUCCCCACAGUACAUGCACAACCUCAGAACUAAGAUCCAGAACCUGAGUCUGUGGAAUAACGGGAGAAACCAUCUCAUCUUUAACCUUUACUCUGGAACGUGGCCGGAUUACACUGAGGAUUUGGGGUUUGACAUUGGUCAGGCCAUGUUGGCAAAAGCCAGCAUUAGCACUGAGAACUUCAGACCCAACUUUGAUAUCUCCAUCCCCUUGUUCUCCAAAGAUCACCCCAGGACUGGAGGGUUAAGGGGGUAUUUAAAGUACAACACCAUCCCUCCUUUUCGGAAAUAUAUGCUGGUUUUUAAAGGCAAGCGCUAUUUGACUGGAAUUGGAUCAGAUACUAGGAAUGCACUUUACCAUAUCCAUAAUGCAGAAGAUGUGGUGCUGCUCACUACAUGCAAACAUGGCAAAGACUGGCAGAGACAUAAAGAUGCUCGCUGCGACAAGGACAAUGCUGAAUAUGACAGGUAUGACUAUAAAGAAAUGUUACACAACUCCACAUUCUGUCUAGUGCCGAGAGGACGUCGCCUUGGCUCUUUUCGUUUCCUGGAAGCUCUGCAGGCCGCUUGCAUACCCGUGAUGCUCAGUAAUGGCUGGGAGCUGCCCUUCUCCGAGAUUAUUGACUGGCGUACGGCUGCAGUCAUUGGAGAUGAGAGACUACUGCUACAGAUUCCAUCUACAGUCCGUUCCAUCCAUCAAGAUCGCAUACUAUCUCUCCGCCAGCAGACACAGUUCCUUUGGGAGGCCUACUUCUCUUCUGUAGAGAAAAUCGUGCUCACUACAUUGGAGAUCAUCCAGGAUCGGGUGUUGCAGCACAACGCCCGCAGCACAUUGAUGUGGAACCGGCUGCCGGGUGGACUCUUCACCCUUCCGCAGUACUCCUCCUAUCUGGGUGACUUCCCCUUCUUCUAUGCCGAACUCGGUGUCAAACCACAGCAGAAAUUUACAGCCGUCAUUCAUGCAGUGACGCCUCUCGUAUCUCAGUCACAACCGAUUUUCAAGCUGCUCGUGGCUGUGGCCAAAUCGCAGUACUGUGCUCAGAUCAUUAUCCUGUGGAACUGUGACAAGCCCCUGCCCGCAAAAUACCGCUGGCCCACCACAUCUGUCCCGGUCAUCGUUAUUGAGGGCGAGAGCAAUGUGAUGAGCAGCCGUUUCCUGCCAUAUGAUGCCAUCAAAACAGAUGCAGUCUUGUGUCUGGAUGAAGACACUGUGCUCUCUACAACUGAGGUGGAUUUUGCCUUUACUGUUUGGCAAAGUUUCCCAGAAAGGAUUGUGGGAUACCCCGCUCGGAGUCAUUUCUGGGACACCAACAAAGAGCGCUGGGGCUACACCUCCAAAUGGACCAAUGACUACUCCAUUGUGCUCACUGGAGCUGCUCUCUAUCACAGGUAUUACAACUACUUGUACACCCACUACCUGCCUGCCAGCUUGAAGAGUAUGGUGGACCAGCUUUCCAACUGUGAAGACAUCCUCAUGAACUUCCUAGUGUCUGCUGUUACUAAAAUGCCCCCUAUCAAGGUCACUCAAAAGAAACAGUACAAGGAGACAAUGAUGGGACAGACAUCACGGGCCUCUCGUUGGGCAGACCCCGACCACUUUGCCCAGCGGCAGACAUGCAUGAACAAAUUUGCCAACUGGUUUGGCACCAUGCCCCUGGUCCAUUCACAGAUGAGACUGGAUCCUGUUCUGUUCAAGGACCAGGUAUCGAUACUGCGCAAGAAAUACAGAGACAUCGAAAGACUCUGACGAACCUGAAACUACCGCCCUUAUAAACGGGGAUGGGAAACGACAUAAAUGGGGUGAAAAUGGGGGGCCAUGGAGACCCUCAGUGAGGGAGGAAAUCAUGAUGAGGGAACUUUGUAUUUGACAAAGACCUGUCCAUCACAGAACGUCACUAAAAUGACUGAAUUUAGAUUAAAUGUAUGAAAUCCUAAAUGAAAAUAGAAGAAAUUCUGAAGCUACGACAUCAUAAAUGAAGUCCAAUUCGAUUUUACAUUGAUGUAAUUUGAAUGAGUUUAGCAAAACACAAAGAAAUGCCAAAAUUGGUAGCGUUCUGUCUUCCAAGCCCCCUCUUGUGAUGCUUUGACAAAGAUGACAGCAACCUAGCCCUUGAUGGGUAGCCAUGCACAUAAAUCUAUGCGCAGUCAGAAAGGGGACUACAACACACCGGUUUUAGCUUCUGGAACAGACAUGAGACCUUUGUGUGCGAUACCUUUGGCUGGAAGGUUUAUGGGGAGGUCACCCGUGAGCUGCUCAUGCGUAUUUAUUCUGUUUGCCUUCCGCCAUUCUGGCAAGCGCUGCUCCCCUAUUAAAGACGUUGGACGCCUGUGGAAAAGCCGGUGUGCGAGACCGCUGAACACUAAGUCACAGUGCCUGAACUUUCAGAUGGAUUGUAUCUGGGAGUCCAAAGGGGUUUUGUAUGAAUGCAAAACACCUUGUUCAUGCUGCUUAUAUUUGGAUCAGUGUAUAGAAAUGGGAGGUGUUUCUCAAAUUUGCCCAAAGUUUCUUUUUCUUCCUUUCUAUAUGAGCCUUUUUAUGUAUUUUGUUGAAAUAACAUAUUUUUUUGUAUUUUUUGGUUGAUUCAGACCCAAUGCCAUAAACAUCUCUCGUUAUCUGUCUGGAUUUUAUGGCCUAAUUGUCACGAGUGCAAUGCCAUAUCAGUGGCCACGUUCACACUGCAGCUUGAUACGGUUGUUACUCCUCUUGUGAGUGAUAACCGUAUUCUACAACUUGAUUAUCUCUCAAAAUACUGAUGAAAUGACAACCACAUUUACAUUAAAGGAAUAGUUCACCCAAAAAUACAAAUUAUUUGAUCAUUUACUCACUAUAGUUCCAAACCUGUAUGACUUCAUUUCUUAUGCAGAACACAAAACAAAAAAUAUAAAUGAUUAUCACGGCCCGUCUACUUUGUACAACAGCAGUUAAGAGCAACUCGCUUCAAAGCAAAUAAAAAGACCCAAAAGUAUCAUAAAAGUAGUCCAUGUGGUUCUGCGUCAUAGCAACAACCCGAUUCAGUGAAAAUCUUGACGUAUGUUACACGUUCAUGAGUGAGAGAAGCUCAUUCAUAGUGGCUUGUGCUUUAAUGCGAUAAAAUAUGUUGAUUAGCGCUAAAAAACAAUAAAAAAAGCAUUCGCAGAAUAAACAUAAAGCAUGACGCAUCUGUCAAUGUCGUUUUACUAAAAUGAAAUAAAAUCUCAGACAUAAAAAAUUUAAUGAAAAAAAGUACUUAAAAGUAUCAUAAAAGAAGCAUGUGGCUCUCAAAGAAGUAAUUUUCAGUGAACGUUCAUUAGCACUAUGAAAGAAGCUCGUUCACAGUGGCUUGUGCGAUAACGUGAUAAAAGAUAAAAAAUACUUUUGUUUCGUAAACUUGUGUUUAAAAAAAUGCUCAUGACAAAGCAUGAUGCAUCUGUCAAUGUCAUUUAACUUAAAUGAAAUAAAAUAUCGGACGUAACAAAUGAAAUUAAAAGCUUAAAUAAAUGUAGCAUAAGGCUCUCAUAGAAACAACCCAAACUUUACGUAAUUUUUAAGAGAAAAUGUUGACGUCAUUGCACAUUCAUUAGCACUAUGAAAGAAGCUUGUUCAAAGUGGCUUACGCGUUAACACGAUAAAAUGUGUUGAUUAGCGCUUAAAAGGCAAUGCAAUUUUGUUUAGUAAACUUGUUUAAAAUAUUAUUUUUAAAAGCAUAAACAGCAUAAACAAAACAUGACGCAUCUGUCGAUGUCGUUUUACUAAAAUUAAAUAAAUUGUCAGAUGUUACAAAUUAAAUGAAAAGCUUAAAAAAAAGUAGCCAAAAGAAUAGUCAAAGUAGCAUGUGGCUCUCAUAGAAACAAGCCAAAAUCAAAGUAAAUUUUCAGUGAAAAUCUUGACGUCUGUUGCAUGUCCAUGAGCAAAAGAAGCUCGUUCACAGUGGCUUGUGCGUUAAUGCAAUAAAAUGUGUUGAUUAGUGGAAAAAAAAGCAGAAAUAAAGCUUAAAAAAUAAAUCUUAAAAGCUUUAAAAAAGUACUUAAAAGUAGCAUGCGGCUCAUAGAAAAAACCCAAGAUGUUCGUAAUUUUUCAGUGAAAAUCUUGACCUCGUUAGCGCUAUGAGAGAAGCUUGUUCACAGUAGCUUGUGCAUUAACACCAUAAAAUAUAUUGAUUAGCACUGAAAAUAAACACACACACAAAAAAUUGCAUUCAAAAAUGGUUUUAAAGCAAAAAACAGCAUAAACACAGAGUGAUGCAUCUGUCAAUGUUUUUUCUCUAAAAUGAAAUAAAAUGCUGAACAUUAAAAAUGACUAAAUAGAUUUAAUAAGGACCAUAAAAAUAGUCAAUGCUGCUCAGAUGCAUAAUAGAAACAACCUAAAAAGUAAUUUUUCAGUGAAAAUCCAUUGCACAUUAAUGAUCGUUAUGAAGUGCUCAUUCGCUGUGGCUUGUGCAUUCACGGGAGAACUUGUGUUGAUAUGCCAAAAAAAACAAAACUUUUUUUUUUUUAACUUGCGUUUCAAGAAUGCUUUUUAAAAGAAGAAAACAUGACACAUCUGAUCGAUGAUAGUUUAUUAUAAUUGCCGGACGAUGGGGGCCUGGGUUGCUCAGUGGUAAAUACGCUGGCUACCACCCCUGGAGUUCACUAGUUCGAAUCCCAGGGUGUGCUGAGUGACUCCAGCCAGGUCUCCUAAGGAACCAAAUUGGCCCGGUUGCUAGGGAGGGUAGAGUCACAUGGGGUAACCUCCUCGUGGUCGCUAUAAUGUGGUUCGUUCUCGAUGGGGCGCGUGGUGAGUUGAGCGUGGAUACCGUGGAGAAUAGCGUGAGUCUCCACACGCACUAUGUCUCUGCGGUAACGCGCUCAACAAGCCACGUGAUAAGAUGCGCAGGAUUGACGGUCUCAGACACGGAAGCAACCGAAAUUCGUCCUCCGCCACCCAGACUGAGGCGAAUCACUACGCGACCACGAGGACUUAAAAGCACACUGGGAAUUGAGCAUUCCAAAUUGGGAGAAAAAUGGGAAAAAAAUAAAAUAAAUAAAUAAUUGCCGGACGAUAAUAUGUCUCGGAUCCCUAUUUCUUUCGUCGAAAAGAGUGAACUCUAAACUGGUUUAAUUGUUGCCAUCCAUUUUUCUUGUUUACAGCCACGAGUUGCCAAAACAUUCGCUAUUAUUAUCACUGUCAACCAUCACAAUUUCAGGAGUUAUUUCAGUAUUCCAUUAACACACAAUAAUUAAGUUAACCAAUCCUGCAUUUAAAUGUGAUUGUCACUCCCAAAACUUUGCAGUGUGUACGUGGCCAGUACGUUUUAACACGCUCAAUGUUCAAGCAUACAUGAUAUGUAUUUGUAAAAGACAAAUUGAACACUAGUUUUGCCUUUGCGCUCAGUAAAGAUGGAACAAAUCUAAUGAAACAAAUCAAAUGGAAAAACAUAUUUGGACAAUACUGGAUUGUGCAGAUGGGAGGGGACAUUGUUUAUUCAGAGUGUCAGGUCCAGUUAAGUAUUAAUUUAAAUAUUCUCAUUUAGAUUUUAAUUGAUAAAACCGGUUGACCCAACAGAGACAGAUUUAAAAGUACUGUGGUCCACAAUCCAUGUGAAGAAUGUCAUCAAAUCAGAGCAAAUGCCAUAUUUAAUGUGAUAAAUGAUAUUUAAUCAUUGAAGUACUCUGUAAAUUCACUAUCGUGGUUUGUAAAUAUGGUAAUCAAUCAGUACCAUGGUACCGCCACUGUACUUCUUUGAGUACCGCUCCAUCAGUUUGAGUCACUUUGACCCAAAAACACAUUUUAAGCAUGUGUUAUGCACUAAAAUAAAAAGGAAUGUCUGAGCUUUUAAUGAUUUAAUUAUUAUGUUUCUACUCAAAACUGCUGCAGAUAUAUAUUCAUUUGAAAGUUGGGUGAGACUUUCCCUUUUACUUGAGUGCAUAAAACUCAAAAUGUGUUUCUGGGUCAAAGUGACUCAAAAUGAUGAAGCAGGGCGCAAGUAUUUUGGGGGGGGGGCGGGGUUUAUUUACUUUACUUUGAAACAUUAGUUUUCAAUUGAUUGUGCAAGACACUUCUAUAUUAGGAAAACGUGGAGUAAGAAACUGGAUUCUGUGUCUCUUUGAGGGGCUUAACGGCUUUUGCCAUUUUCUUUCUUGCUAAAGUUAGAAACCGACUGCACAACAAAGAGAAAUCAGUCUGGUCUCAGUAUUAUUGAAAGCACAGGGUUCUAUUGGAACCAAAGGUGAAACCGUUGCAGGAAACAUUACUGUUGCAAAGGUCUAAUAGAGUUAUUUAACUGGACGUGUUUCCAUGUAGCUUGAUGUUGCACCGCUCGUCCAAGUAAAAUCAGUUGUGAAAUGAUUCAAGAGACUUAUCUUGACAUCAUAACGCUUGCAAAUUGCAUACAGUGGGAACGUGGGAACGUACAGUAUAUGGGUGUUUCUUAACUAUUGGCACUUUUGAUCCUGUGGACUUCUAGAAAAUAAAUGUAAAAUACUUUUAACACUCACAAAUUAAUUUAAUUUGCUUUAUAGAUUUCAUUGUUUUCCUUGUUUACAUUCUUAAACUAGGAAAAUCAUAAAUAAGAAAUGACUGUAUAUUUAUUGCAUACUCUUAAAUAUUUAUACAUGUGAAUCAUAUCAAACAUGCAGAAAAAGCUUUAGGGUUAAUGAUUCAGGAAACAUUAGAACCCUUUCAGAAAAUUAAAAUUAAUACCUGUUCAUCUGGAAUGCCUGUCUGCUUUCCUCACCCUGAAAAAAACAACAGAUUUUUUAUUAUGGAUGCCUUUAACACCUUCACUGACUCCACAUAUGACUCAUGUAAUAUAUUUCAUGUUUUCUAAAUCCAUACGAAGGUUUUGUGUGGGUAACAGGCCUACAGACCGAAAUUGCACAUGUUGUCAGCCACUGACUGUGUCUUGUGAGACACAAAGUUUUAUACCUGCAGGGGGCGCUUGACGAUACGAAAACUGAAUUCUCCAUGCAUCCGCAUUUAAAUCUCAGAACAUUUUAUACCCCUUUGGAAACGUUUGCUCUCACAAAUUAAUUUAAUUUGUUCACUAACAAAAGCACGUUUACAUGCACACCAAUACGCUGAUUACUCCCAAAAAUCAGCUGAUUUAAAAAAAUCAUGAUGUCAAACCGUGAAGAGACGCGCUAAAUGUGGAUAAGCCGGUGAGAACACUGGUAAAGGUGUUUACAUGCCAUUUCUGAAAAUAAUAAACAUUUCAGUUGUCGUUUUCAACACAUCUCAAAAAAGAAUUUUUGGUGGAAAUGGCAUUUGAAACAUUUUUGGGAAUAAAAUAGCAGUGAUUUGUUUACAAAUGUAUUUAAAUCAUUUUCACAUCAUUUUCAAAUAUUAAAAUGGUUUAUUUAUUCACCUGUUUCUUUAGGUUAAAUGUAAUAAUAAUGUAAUAUUUUUUUUUAAUUGAUUUUCCUAUUUUAAGAUUGAAAACAAAGAAAACAAUGAAACCUUUACAAAUAAAAGGCAUUUAAAAAGCAAACAUAAAAGAUGAAGGCAUGAUUAAAAAGUGUCCAAGACAGUUUAAUGACAGUCUAAUAACAAAAAGAAAUUAAAAUCUGUUCAUUUUAGUAGAAAUCAACCCCUGGGACAAAAAAGUUCCUGUACUUUAAGAAUCACCCAUAUCUUCAAUCAAGCUUAAAAGGAUAGUUCACCCAAAAAUGAAAAUUCUCUAAUUUUCUCACCCUUAUGCCAUCCCAGAUGUGUAUGACUUUCUUACUUCAGCAGAACACAAAUGAAGAUUUUUAGAAGAAUAUCUCAGCUCUGUAGGUCCAUACAAUGCAAGUGAAUGGUGACCAGAACUUUGAAGCUCCAAAAAGCACAUAAAGGCAGCAUAAAAGUAAUCCAUAUGUCUUCAGUGGUUAAAUCCAUGUCUUCAGAAGCGAUUUGAUGAUGGUGAGAAACAGAUAAAUAUUUUAGUCAAUUUUUACUAUAAAUACUCCUCCCUGUCCAGUCAAUCUCCACUUUAACUUUCACAUUCUUUUUCUUAUGUUUUUGGUAAUUCACAUUCUUCAUGCAUACGCCCCUAACUGGGCAGAGAGAAGAAUUUCUAGAUAUGAAAAUAUUGAUCUGUUUCUCACCCAGAACUAUCAUAUCACUUCUGAAGAUAUGGAUUUAACUAUUGGAGUCAUAUGGAUUACUUUUAUGCUGACUUUGUGAUUUGUGGACCUUUAAAGUUCUGGCCACCAUUCACUAGCAUUGAAAGGACCAAUAGAGCUGAGAUAUUCUUCUAAAAAUCUUCAUUUGUGUUUCAGCAGAAGACAGAAAGUCAUACACAUCUGGGAUGGCAUGAGGGUGAGUAAAUAAUGAGAAUUUUCAUUUUCAGUGAACUAUACCUUUAAAUGUGUCCUGUUACAAAGCUUUUUUUCAUCUUAAAUGAAUGUGCCUUUCUCAAGACACUUCAGAGUUAUUUUAUAAUCCUUGAACACAAUCUCUUCCUCUAUAACGUCAAUUAUAUGUGGGUAUCUUCAAUCUGUUAUUGUGCACUAACACAUAAUUGAUUUAGUUGUCUUGAACAAACACUGGAGUUUUUAUGACAAUGGUUACAGACAUUCCUGCCCGUGUAGUAGGAACACCUCUUCACCAGACAUGAGGACUUUAUUGUUUGUAUUUUGAUUUCAGUUUCUCUGCUUCAGCUUUGAACCUUGUAAAGACAUUAUUUUUACGUCAUUACGAACAAUAAACUGACAGUUAAAAUUUUUUAAGAUAUAAAAAAAAUGUUUUCUAAAAAAAUAAAUGAUAUUUGAUAA